UCACUUGCUUGAGUGUGUGAAGACACAAGAAGACCCCAGGAGGUUCCACUAAGUCCUCCAUCCUCCAUCCUCCUGAUGCAACAUGCCUAGCGAUGAGCCCUUACUAGUCCAGCCUUUUGUGCUUCCACCCAUGCUGAAGUGGUUCUCGUACAUCGAGAUUCAUAAAAGAUUUAAUGCCCACCUUCGUCUCCACGAAUGUGUGUGAGGCUCCGUCAACCUCUAUACUUUGCCAUACACCUGCAACCCCGCAUUUAACAUUAUGGCCGUCUCUGACACUGGCAAGACUACCUCGAACGUUUCCGUAGUCCUAGCUAUUUUAGCUGUGCUUUCCGUCGCUCUUCGUUUUUGGUCUCGGAAGGCGGCUAGAGUUGGUUAUGCCGCCGAUGAUUGGUGGAUCCUCUUUGCCACCAUUUCCAUGAUUGCUGUGGGUGUUGUUCUGCUAUGGGGUACGUCUUUCCCACUGCUUGGAUAUAUGUGUAUAUGUAGAUUAUAGAGCGCUACGGCUCCUAUCAAGUAGCCAAAUCUGAUUGGAGUAUAGGCGUUCGAACCGAUCCAAAUGGAGGAGAAUUCAUAGACCGAGAUUCACCUACCUUUAACUAUGCCCCACAUACUUCGUAUUUGAAGUCAGCUUUCGUGUCCGCCAUUCUAUAUUUCGUCGUCACCACGGCCAUCAAAAUCUCCAUCUUGCUCAUGUAUCGCCGGGUCUUUUCCGUGGGCUCCUUCCGCACGCAUUCAUUGAUUGUUGGAGCAAUUUCCGUUACAUGGUGGCUCGCAGGAACGAUUGCAACCAUAGUUAGUUGCAUUCCCAUCCAUCGUCUGUGGAUUGGUCCAUCAGCAGGAGGAUAUUGUUUUAAUUUCAACAUCUACUGGAUGGCCAUGGGUUCCGUGGAACUCUUAAUAGAUAUGGCAAUCUUGAUAUUACCAAUUCGCAUGGUCUUAACCCUACGUCUAGAUCGUCAGCACAAAAUCCUCUUGGUGGCAAUCUUCUUACUUGGCGGCUUGUAUGUGAUCUUCCCUUCUCUCCAUUGUCCCACUAACAGAACUCCAAGUGUCAUCAUAACGGGUAUUGUCCGCGUCAUCCUUGGUUACAAACCUGGGAGUCAGAAUGUCGCUUUCUCCAAAGCCGAGUUAUGGUCUGCUGUGCACAUAGGAGUAGCGAUCAUCUGUGCCUCUUUGCCAUGCCUUCGACCAUUCCUCCUUUUAAUCACCCGAACCGCUUCUACUAUCCGUAGCCGCUUGUCUGGAUCGAGUGGCAGCAAUUACAAGCAUAGUGGUGCAGGUUCAUCCGGGAAUCAACAACAAGGUUCUGAAGAGGCUAGCACUGGACCUGCAAGUCCGAAGGGCAGAACAUCGCGUGUAGAGGCGCUGACUUUGCAAACUAUGGAUCAUGAUAUGCGGGUAGCAGAUACGACGGGACUAACGAGGGCGAGUACUCGUACUAACGACCUGGAAUUGGGUAAACCUUCCAUCUCCUCCAGUAGAGGAACCAGGCCGGAAACUGGAGAAAAAACCGUACAACGGUUAUAAAUGUAUAUAAAAAACAGAAUUUUGGGCGCAGGAAAAUGCAUUUGUAUAUAAGCAAACUUUUAUGAGAUAUGAUAUAAUUCCAAGAUUAUUUAAAUAUAAUUCAAGAUGACAUCGUACCUAGAGAAGGCUCGGUGAUGGUUGGUAGUUUUUGUAUCAGUCGGGGACGAACUUCCCCAUAAGGUGAUAAAUAUAUAAAGUUUCUCAUGCGAGAACUGUUGUUAUAGUUGUCGAAGUGCAAACAGAUUUCGACAGCUACAAAUACAGAAUCAAGCACUGUACCUAGGUAGGCAGGUAGGAAGAGGUUCGUUUGUCGCUAGAAAUUAGUUGAGACACUACGAGAAUUCAAG